AUGGUAGCCAAAGGCUUACGUGAUCGACGUUCAACAUCGUCGACAAAUAAUACUAAUUCUUCAACAAAACGGCGAAUAUCAUCAACAACACAUGAGAAAAAAAAAAAUGUUAAACCACUUGGCAUAUGUAGUUUUUGUAUGGGUGAUGAAGAGAAAAAUGCAAAUAAUGUACCUGAAGAUAUGAUAAGUUGUUCUGAAUGUGGAAAUUGUGGACAUCCAUCCUGUUUAAAAUAUUCAGACAAACUUGUUCAAAAAAUAAAAACAAUUCGAUGGCAAUGCCUCGAUUGUAAACGUUGUGUUAUUUGUAACCAAGCUGAUGAUUCAUUAAUUUUCUGUGAUUAUUGUGAUGCAGCAGUACAUCCAAAAUGUUGCAAUCCACCAUUAAAUCACAUUCCUAAAGGUGAUUUUAUUUGUCAUAAUUGUCGUCGAGAUGAAACAAUAAAAUCAUCAGGAAAAAAAUCUUUAAUGAAAACUUCAUCAACAACACGUUCACUACGUAGUCAUAAUUCAAAUGAAGAUGAUAUACCUAUGAUUAUAUCUCGUCCUGUUGCUCAGUUAAUUGAUGGUAUGUCAAAUUUUUUCUUACCAAAAAAACAUAAAAUAAAUAAUACACAACGACAACAAUCUGUUCAAAAAGCAAUGAAUUAUUUAAGAAAUAAAACAAUUAAAUCUUCAAAUCGAAAUGUUCUUAAACGUUUAAAUGCAAAAAUACAAUCAACAAAAACAAAUGAAAAUAAUAAAAAUCAAUUAAUAGCAAGAAGUAUUUUAGCUUCAUCAAAAACAUCGCGUAUUCGACGAAAACCAUUAAAUUUAACAGAUGAUUCGCCUUCCAAUUCUCAAACUGAUAUGAACACACCAAUAAUGACACGUCGUUCAAUAAAUAAAAAAGUAUUAACUUCUGAACCAAUUACUCCAACUCCUCGAAUAAGUCGUCGAUCAGGUACUCAUCCAAUUGUAGAAUCAACUAGAACAAAUUCUCCUCGAUUAAUUACUAAACGAAAACAUUCAAUAUCACCAAUACCUCAUACACCAAUAACAAUAAAAAAACGAACAAAAAAUGAAUCCUCGAUUAAAAAAACACCUUCGAUACGCAAAGAAACGAAAAUACAAGAAGAUGAAAUUGAAGAUAAUAAGAACGAUCAACAAAACAAAUCAACAGUUGUUAAACGAAAACUUAAUUUAGAUUUAUCAAAAUACAAAACUCCGCCAUCAUUUCUUCAUGAUUCACUUCCAGAUACAAUAGUUGCCAAUGACGUCUAUUUAUUUCUUGAUGCACGUAAAAAUUCCUCAAAACUCAUUUCAGAUUGUUCUGAUAAAUUUCGACAUUCAACUGAAUCAGUAGAAGAAGAUGAUAUAAAUAAUAUUCGUUGGCCACCUUAUAUUGUUUUUGGUUCAGAAUUAAUUAAGACAUGGUAUUCGUCAUCGUAUCCACAAGAAUAUGCGCGUGUUCCACGUUUAUUUAUAUGUGAAUUUUGUUUAAAAUAUAUGAAAUGUGAAGAAGUUUACGAUCGACAUCGUAUAAAGUGUCAAACAUUUCAUCCGCCUGCAAAUGAAAUCUAUCAUAAAGAUGAUCUAUCCGUUUUUGAAGUCGAUGGAAAUAUAAAUCGAAUUUAUUGUCAAAAUUUAUGUCUUUUAGCCAAAUUAUUUCUUGAUCAUAAAACACUUUAUUAUGAUGUUGAACCGUUUUUAUUUUAUGUUUUAACUAAAAAUGAUUCUAAUGGUUGUCAUUUUCUUGGUUAUUUUUCAAAAGAAAAACAUUGUCCACAAAAAUAUAAUUUAUCAUGUAUAACUGUUUUACCUAAUCGACAACGUCAAGGUUAUGGACGUUUUUUAAUUGAAUUAAGUUAUUUAUUAUCACAAAAAGAAGGUCAAAUAGGCACACCUGAAAGACCAUUAUCAACACAUGGUGCACAAACAUAUGAAGCUUAUUGGAAAAUAAAAUUAGUUCAACAAUUACUUUACUAUUAUUAUAAAAACAAAGAUAAAUGUAUAUUAAGAGAUUUAAUGAAUGAAACUGGUAUGACAGUUGAUGAUAUUAUUGAUACAUUACAAAAUUUAGGAAUUUUAACAAUGAAAUCCAAUGAAAAACUAGUAAUUAUUGUUGAUGUUAAACAAUUAGAAAUAAUAAUGAAAAAUGAAAAAAUAAAACAUGCACAUUGGGUUUCAUUAGAUAGUGAAUUUGUUCGUUUUGCACCAGUUCUUAAACCAAUUUUAUUUAUACAUGAUGAAAAUUGUAUGGAAAAUCAACUUCAAGAAAUUCAAGUUGUUUUUAAAAAGGUUCAAUCCGAUCCUAUUGAACCUGCAGGAACUCUUAUUGAAUCAGCCGAUGGAUCAAAUCAAGCAAAUACAACUGAAGUUGUUCGUUAUGUUCGAAGACGAAAAUUUGGAAAAAAACGUCGUUCAAUCUAUGUUAAAUAUCGUGUAUCAAACAAAAAUGAAUCUAAUGUAAUUAAUAAUCAUGAUGAACAUUCACAAGAAUAUAUUGCUCGUCGACGAGAUUCAAUAAUAAAUGAAUCAACAAAAGAAGACGAAGGAGAAGAAGAAGAAGAAGAUGAAGAAGCAGACAAAGAAAAAGAAAGAACUCCACCAUCAUCGCCAACUAAAUUAUCUGUUAAACAACCAACAUUUAAACAAUUAACACUUGAUCAAUUUCUUAAAAAACUUCCAACUAAUUCAUCUGUUAUAGAAAAAUCCAAACAAGAAACAAAUAUUGAUAUAAAUUCAGAAAAAACUCAUAAUAAUAAUACAGAUGAGACUAAUUCAGACAUUAAAAAUGAUGAUCAUGAAGAAUUUUCUUCAUCAAAACAAACUAAAAGAUUAUCAAAUUCUUCACAUAUAUCAAAAUCUGAAACUGAUCUAAAUAAAAUAACAAAUGGAGUUUCAACAGAAAUUGUGAAGAAAUCAAAUUCUAAUAAUCAAGGUUCAUUAACGAGACAAUUAAGUGAUGGAACUAUCUCAUCAAAUGAUAGUUCAACAGCAACAGUUAAUUCACCAUUACCAUUUAAAAAACGUGCAUGGACUUCAGCGAAUUUAGACGCUUUAAUAGAUCCAUCAUCAAAUCCAGAGAAAAAUGAUCAAUCAAUAGUACUAAGUCGUGAAACAAGUUUAACAACACCUUCAUCUGUAUCAGAUAAUCCAUUAAUGAAAUCUUCAUCAUCGAUAAAUAGUAUCGAUGAAGAAACAAAAUUAAAUCCCAUUGAAUCAGAAUUAAAAACUACAAUGGCAAGAACUAAAGAAGUUGAAGCAAUCAAUGAUCAAUCAUCUGGUUUAACAUCAAUGAAUGUUUCACAAACAGAUCAUUUUAAUUAUUCAACAAGAAGUAGUGUUGCUAAACAGCAACAACAACAACAAUCAAUAACAAUAAAUAACUUUAAUAGUUCAACUAAUAUGACAUAUAAUUAUGGACAAACAUCAUAUCCAUAUCCUUAUCCAACUGCACCAACGAUGGAUAUGCAACCAUAUUAUUAUCCAUCUCUGAUGUCAAUGAAUUAUAUGUCCUACUAUCCAACAUUAUCAUCUCCUAUGUAUGCAUCAGGACAACAAAUGUGUUAUCAACCGAAUGAUACAAAUCCAAUACCGUAUAUUGGUAAUUCAACAACACCCUAUGGUUAUUCAACAUCUCAUUCAUCGUCAAAUCGACGACAUUAG